ACACUCUGCAGCCUAGUCUCUGGUCAGGUAAGAGGUAGACACACAUACACUAUUGAGAAGUGAUUUAGACAGUGUGUUGAAGACAAUGUAGGAGGUUAAAGGGCACAGAAACGACAAAGACACUAUCUACUCCAGGACACUGCCCAUUCAGUAGCCUAUCAGAUGGAGCUGCCACCUCGACCAAAACUCUUUGACUUCCAUGGAGUCUCCAUGACCAACUACUUCACUGGCAACUGGGACAAUGUACAGAACUUCCAGGCCAGACCAGAUGACAUUCUCAUCGCUACCUACCCCAAAGCAGGAACCACAUGGGUCUCCUACAUUCUAGACCUGCUGUAUUUUGGCCAGACAGACCCUGAGCAUCAGAGACCCAUCUUUGAGAAAGUUCCUUUCCUGGAGUUGCUCAUUCCUCUUUACCCUCCAGGGGUGGAGGUGCUGGACAACUUAACCACCUCUCCUCGCCUCAUCAAGACUCACCUCCCAGUCCAGUUGCUGCCCAAGUCCUUCUGGGAGCAGAACUGCAGGAUAGUGUAUGUGGCCCGUAAUGCCAAGGAUAAUGCCGUGUCUUAUUUCCACUUUGAUCGCAUGAACCAGGCACAGCCAGAGCCAGGAGACUGGAACAACUUCUUACAGAGAUUCAUGGAUGGAAAGAUGGUGUUUGGUUCGUGGUUCAACCAUGUGACUGGCUGGUGGGAGAAGAAACAGACUCACUCCAAAAUCCUCUACCUCUUCUAUGAGGACAUGGUUGAGGAUACGAGGAGAGAGCUGGACAGGCUGUGCUCCUUCCUAGGUUUGUCUCCUUCAGCAGAGAAGAAGGAGCAGGUGAGAGGAGGAGUGCAGUUUGAUACAAUGAAGAAGAACAACAUAGCCAACUGUUCCACCCUCCCAAUCAUGGAUUUCAAAAUCUCUCCAUUCAUGCGAAAAGGAAAGGUUGGUGACUGGAAGAACCACUUCACUGUGGCCCAGAGUGAACAGUUUGAUGAAGACUAUAAGAAGAAGAUGAAGAACACCACCGUACAGUUCCGCACUGUAGUCUAGGGGUUGUGGUCAAGUUGAUUGUCUGAUUGUUUGUGGUCAGGUUGAUUGAUUGUUUAUUUGGCGCAUAUGGACCUACAAUAGGCUCGGCUGGGGUGUCAGUCUUCCAUUGGUCCACAGUUAACUGGGUUAUGGUAUUGAAAUAUACAGGGUGAGGAUCAUAUCAUAUUAUAUCCUAGAGUGUGAAUGAGAAAAUCAUGGAGUGUCUUUUAAUAUCAUUUUUUGAGAAUGAUUGAUGCUACUUUGAGAAAUUAGCUAUAGGUUGAGAACUAAAAACAAAAGUAAAAUGAGGACAUUCUGCACAGUACAUUCUUAGCAAUGUGAGC